UUCUCCAGAAAGUAAAUCCAAAACAUUAGCUAGCUAGAUGGUUGGCUUGUUCUUAUAGUUACACGCUUUCUUGGCUUUAGACGACUAAGUUACCCUUGUUUCUUUAUUUAGUUUACUGCUGCAUCCUUUUUGUUAGUAGCUUUAGCUGCUAGCAUACAUAACCCAUAACCCUCAGAAGUGGGUGGAUGUUUGGCAGCGCGGCGUCUGCAGCAUAAUUAAAACAUGGCGGACUCGGAGGAAUUUAGACUUAAACGAUUAAAGCAUGAGGAGCGCCUGUCCAGAGUGUUUGACGAAGUGAUGGGGCUUGGAGACUUUGCUGACUCCUCCAGGAGCUCUUUCAUCUCUUCUCCAAGUGGAGGUCAAGACGAAACAAAGGGAGUAGACAAAACUUCAGGAGCAGGGGAAAACCAACCGGUAGAAGAAGAGGAUAGCAACAGCAGCAGACCAGAAGAAAAGAUGGAUGAGGGGAUGGGAGAGUUGUCUUUUCCUCGCAUUUCCUCCCCUUCCUCUGUCCAAAACUCCUCGUUUACCGUGGGAACCAACGAAGGAGGAGGGGGAGGAAGUGGAGGGGCAGCAUUUGAUGACGCACUGGAUGGCCUUCCUUCGUAUGGGCCCGAAGAAGAAGAAGAGGAGGAAGACUGGCACUUUGCCUUGCAAAUGGGCACCCUGGAGGAUGUUAAUGUGGGCAAGACAAACCCAGAAAGAGGCCAACCAGGAGUGGGGAACAACGUAACUCAAGACAAACCGUUUGCCCGUCAGCCCAGAGAGGAGCAAGAGAGGGAAGGGAGCAGUGCGUCUGCUAACACCUCCCACUCCUCCCAGGACCAUACACCUGACAACAGCCGAGAUGGAGGCGUCCUGAACCAGACAGAUGAGACAGAAGAUAGCCAACAGGGAGAGAGGUCAGAUGCAGCUCCAAUGGCGGACAGUAACCCCCCAAUUUCUCCUAGUAUCAAUAUUAAAGAUGAGCCCAUUGAUGAGGGCUACGACGCUGCUUUACUGCCUCAGAGCUCCAUCAGACAAAUCAAAGAGGAGUUGGAGCAUCAGGAGGAGGAGCUGAGGAUCAGCUCUGUCUACUCUGUAGGUGGAGGGAACACCUUUGCAUCUCCUACCGUGCCAGCUGCAGUCCCAGCUCCUACUCCGACGGCCAUUUUUAUCCCAGGUAGAGGACAGCAUGUCCUACAAGCUAUAGCUCCCCUCCCUCUCAGACCACCAGCUCCAAUCCCCAGUUCACUACCAGCUCUGGUACCAGCACCCCCACGCCCUCCUCCACCCUCCGUUCCUGGUAGCGUUCGCUGCAGUGGCUGCUCUAAGGUUCUUCUGAAAGGCCAAACAGCAUUCCAAAGAAAAGGUUCAACGCAGCUCUUCUGCUCCACAGUCUGUCUGACUGGUCAUCUGCCUCCAGCUAACAAGAACCGAUCCUGUUUUCAGUGCAGCAGGGAGAUUGUUCAGCCCAGGGACAUGAUCACGAUUCCAUCAGACGGCAACACCUACUUUUACUUCUGUGGCCAGUUCUGUUUGUCUGUCUUUAGACACAAGAAGAAAACUGUUGACAAGGUUCCUGAUAAAUGGCCUGACAAACGAGUGGAGAAGAAACCUGAGAAACCGCCUGAGAAACCAGCGGAGCGUCCACCUGAAAAACCCUUCUGCAGCGUCUGCAGAGUUUCCAAUAGGCAGAUUGAGCAUGAGGUCACCCAUCAGGGUCGUCUGCACAGACUCUGUAGUAAUGCUUGUUUUGUUACAUGGCGCAAGAUGCGGCAGUUGGCCAUGAACUGCUGUGAAGGCUGCGGACUUUACUGUAGUAGCAGCUCAGGCUCCUGUCAGACGCUCACAAUUGAAAGAACGCAGCUCAACUUCUGUGGUCCGACCUGUAUUGGCACCUACAAACAGACCUGCAGAAAGACUGUUACGUGUGCCUACUGUCACAAAAUGGCUGUAGUGUCUUCCACCCUUAUCGAAAGAGACCAAAGGGGCAAAGUUCAGCUAUACUGUUCAUCUGCUUGUGUGGAACAGAGUCGACCACCCCCACACAUUCUCACAGGUGCUGCAUUCCCCUGCUGCCAGUGCAGGGUGUCCGCUGUUCCUCAGUAUCAUCUGGCCAUGGUGGACGGCACCAUUCGGAAUUUCUGCUCCUAUGACUGUGUUUCUAUAUACAGGAAGUCCGGGGACACCUCUCAGCCAGACCUGACCAAUGGAACUUCUGUUCUCAGGGACUCCUCCCUCAGAGAUGCCACCAAAGCAAGCUCAGUUCCUCCCAUCCCUCAGGACUACCCAUCUUCAGUGCCCUACCCGGGCCACCAUCCCAGUCAUACCUCAGUGCCCCCACUGGUGCCCCACUACCCAACUAUGUCCUCCCCCUCUGUCCCUGGGCAAGCGCAGGCCAGAGCACCUGCUGAUAACCCCUUGAAACCAGCAGAAGGCGGGCCCAGUGACCCCUCCAAGCUGAACUGCCAUCAGUGCAGCAAACAAUUCAACACAAAGCCGCUGCUAUUCAGUAACCAAGGUCGUAUUUCUAUGUUCUGCAGUAGGACUUGCAGUGAUCAGUAUAAAACCCAGAAGAACAUCCUGAUGGUGUGUGAGUUCUGUAAACAGGAGAAAGUGCCCUUUGACAUCAUCAGUUACAACCAACAGGACCUGAUCUUCUGCAGUGAGAACUGUAAGCUUCUCUUCAAACAUGAUAUUACAUCUCGUAACAAGGAUCAUCCCUGGCGACCCUGCACCUACUGCUCCGGCAUUGGCCAGAAGAUGCUGCACAGUCACUAUGGUGGAAAGAUGGAGGAGUUCUGUAAACCCCACUGCAUGUCCCAGUACACUGUGCUCUACUAUGGGAUGGGUCGAUGUGACAGCUGUAGAAAACAAAGCUAUAUGACUGAGAAGCUGCAAUGUCUGGGUUCAGUCCGUAAUUUCUGCAACCUGCCCUGCCUGUUGCAGUACUGCCACCUGCAUUUUGAGACGAGCCAACACACCAGCAGUAACGGUACUGGAGCGGCCCCACAAGCACCAUAUGCGCCAACCCAGCCGCACCACUCCUCAAAAAUGAAUCCAGUCAUAGCUGGUGUCGUGUCAUUGGCCAAUGGCUCUGCCACUCAGCCCAGUGUGUCAGCAGAUACUGCUCUUACUGGAGCACUUCCAACCUCCAACGUUGACGGCAAGAACCUAGACCAUGCCAGUACUCAGACUGAUGCCAUGGGAGUGCCUGUGUCCCGUCGACGUCAAAUGAAGAACAAGUCGGUUCUGUGUCGGCCCUUCACUAUGGACCAAGAGAGCAUGUGCCAGCUGCCUGCACCUUCCACUGAAUUAGCAGCUCCGUCUCUGUUUUCAGUUAGUUCCCCUGCAGGAGAGGUGAAGGUGUUGAUGGUGCCAGUCCCAGUACCGGUCUUCAUUCCAGUGCCUAUGAACAUGUACACCCAGCACACACCUGUUCCAAUGGCCAUGCCUGUGCCUAUUCCAGUACCUAUGGUGGUACCACCACAGAAAAAGGACAUGAAAGAUGCAGCGGUCCAGUCAGAACCUUUGGCUGUGGAGGAAUGUAGACCUGUUUACAGUGCAGAACAGAGCAGAUCUUACAGUAGAGAUAUGAAGUCAGAGGUUGUCACUCCCAUAACACGUGAAGAUCAGGAGACACAAAAAGCAGUACAAGCCAACCUGCCACGUACUGUAAGUUCAGAGAGGAGCCCAGAGUCGACUGUUCCUCAACUUGAUACCCAGCUAGAGAGGAGCCCAAAGUCGACUGUUCCUCAACUUGAUACCCAGCCAGAGAGGAGCCCAAAGUCAACUGUUCCUCAACUUGAUACCCAGCCAGAGAGGAGCCCAAAGUCGACUGUUCCUCAACUUGAUACCAAGCCAGAGAGGGGCACAGAGUCGACUGUUCCUCAACUUGAUACCAAGCCAGAGAGGGGCACAGAGUCGACUGUUCCUCAACUUAUUUCCCAGCCAGAGAGGGCCACAGAGUCGACUGACCCCAAACUUCAUACCCAGCCAGAGAAGAGCCCAGAAUUGCCUGAUACCCAACUUAAUACCCAGCCAGAGGGGACCACGAAAACAAGCGACACACCUACCACCAGUGCUGAGCAUCAACCACCCUCCUCUCCAAUGAUGGACUUGGAGACUGACAUUCCAUCUGAAUCGUUGGAUCAGACAUCAGCUGCUCCACAGCGAGGAGUGAAGAGACCCAGAGAAGGUUUCUCCGGCCGGAAACGGGGUCGAAGGCGAACUGUUUCGUCAAACCGCAGUGCAGUGGUAACUCCAGCCCCCUCUACACUGAACCACCUGUAUGGAGUUAAAGCCUGGAAGAGCUGGGUCCAACAACGAAACAAGCACCAGAAAGAAUCCAAUCCAGUGGCUAUUAAAGAAGACAUCCUUCAGUGUGACUCUGCUGAGCUCAGCUAUGCUCUGUCUUGCUUCAUAAUAGAAGUGAGACGGCCCAAUGGAGAGGCCUACAGCCCAGACAGCAUCUUCUACCUCUGUCUAGGGAUACAGCAGUAUCUGUUCAUGGAGGGCCGCAUAGAAAACAUCUUUAAUGACCCGUUGUACAGUCAGUUUGCCGCUAAGAUCAGUGGGAUGCUGCACCUCUGGAAACCUAAACUACUACCUAAUGGUGGUACUGUUUCCCCCCGUAUUUUGGAGUCCUAUUUAUGGGAGUGUAAGCAGCUGGGUGCCUACUCCCCCAUAGUGCUGCUCAACACACUGCUCUUUUUCUGCACAAAGAACUUCCGCUUCACCACGCUGGCGCAGCAUCAAAGCCUCUCCUUUACCAACUUCACUCGACACUCCAAACCCUGCAGCCGAGCCGGCAAAGUACACUACCUCCGAUACCAGAGAAGCAGCAAUGCCACACCCCACACAGAGCGAUACAAAAAAAAGCAGGGAGAGGACGAGGGAGACCUAGAGAUGUUUGAAAAUAUUGCCAAUCCUCUACAUUGUCCCGUCAGACUCUAUGAGUUCUACCUCUCCAGAUGCCCUGAGUCGGUAAAGAGCAGGUCCGACCUGUUUUUUCUGCAGCCUGAACAGUUUGUGCACCCUCAAAGUUCCCACUGGUAUACCUUUCAACCGUUAGAUGGCGCCACUCUACAAAGCAUGCUCACACGCAUCCUGGCCGUCAGAGAGGUUCACCAGGAACAAGAAGCAGCCCAACAUCAGUCUCCAGCCACCGCUGAUAAUGACAGUUUACAGUGAUAUGGAGCUCUGCUUAUUCACACCCUGCUUAUGAUCUUCUCUGCAACAGAAACCUGCGCUGAUGCUUAACAGUUCACAGUGAAUUGCAGCUGUAGGUACGGCCUUCAGUCAUUCAGACAGAGGUUGACAGGUCUUUGAGAAAGGAAGAGCAAAGAAAGACACAAUGAAAGGAGCUAUUGUCAAAAAGAGACAAACUUAAAGAAUGUUACAAAAAAGUGUGGGAUCAUUGUAUUUUAGUAACCUCAGUAGUUCCCCACACAAACGCACAAUGAGUUUACAAACAUCCAAUACUCUAAAAUAUGACAAGGGGAGUACGUUGUUGUUUUCUUAUCGUGUCACACCAGA